AUGAACGAAGUUUCCCGCGCUUUUUCGGCUAUGUGUUUGUGUAUAUUUUCAAACGCCGCUGGCUAUCAACCCGUCCCAUAUGUUAUUAUGUCAGAACUAUUUUCUUUUCAACACCGAGGAAUGGUGACUUCCUUUAUCAGUAGUGUUGACGCUCUCAGCGAUUUCCUACAAACAAAAGCCUACGACCCGAUGCUGAAAUAUUUCGGCAUUCACUGGGUGUUCAUAUUUUUCUCUCUCGUAUGCUUCUUAGGGACAUUUUACACUGUCCUCUACGUACCAGAGACUAAAGACCGAAGCGUAGAAGAGAUCUAUGCUUUACUAGAAGAUGGAAGACAGAAGGAGAAAAGGAAAGAUGUAGAGAAUGGUAUAGACAAAGACGAUGAAGUGAGUCGGCUUUAG